AUGCUGCCUCCCUGCGGAUGCUGCCGGCGAGCCUGGCGGUCCGCUGUACUACAAGGAAGUGCUGACUCGAUUUCUACUCGAAUUCUUCUACCCCCACGACUCGGAACGCGAAUGCAUUCGUGGCAUCCUAUGGGUCGUCCAGAGUAUCGACCUCUGGCUUACCAUGAAGUACAGCGAUCGCCACCUCGCUGGCCUCUCCGCAAGGCCCCCCCGACCGCGUCGAACUCAUCGGCGCGGGCUCUCUCGGCUACGGGACCGGCCCCAGCUUCGGCUGAGGGCUAACAAGCUGCCGAGCCCAAAUCACUGUGAGAGUCGUGAUUUCUUGUUGGUUAAUAAAAAUCUCUCUCUCUC